CCCACUAACGUUUCUUGUAAACAGACAUUUCUGAAUUCCAAGCAACUUAAAAUAAAAGGAAAAAGUAUGUCUCCACCGUCAUUUUUGCCAUGCUUAGACCUUUGAAAAAGGAUAUUAUCAGCUGUGGAUGGUGUUCAAAGGGCGAAUUCUCUCUUCAAAAAACAUAGUGCUUCUAACACAGAUGGAUCCUCUAAUAGCCUACGAUCGGUCGCAUCGAACUCUCCGAUCUGAACCAAUAAAAAAGGCAAAGUAUGGUUCUACAUCCAAGGACGGCGACUCCCCUGGUAAUUAAUCGCUGGCUUCUGGUCUAGCUGCUAACGGCAAGGAUUUCACACCCGUAAGUCCGAAUCCUAAUUAAGGAGGAAGGGAGGGUUUAGUCUCUUCAAAGCUUAAGAAAUCAGGGUCUGUGGAAGUCAAGGAAGUCUUAUUACACUCGUCGUUAUCAGCUUCACCAAUUUUAACUUCUUCAUUAGGGUUAAAUAAGAUUAGAAAUCUGGACCGUUGCCUCAGGGGAGCUUCUUCGGGUAAUAGGUGUAGAGAGGAGCUUCUUCGAGUAAUAGGUAUAGAGAUAAAGUGGGUGGUUUGGGUACAAAGAGGAGCUUCUUCUGUAGUAAAUUGUCUAAUACAGGUAUAGAAGCAGUCGUGUCUUGUGGCCUGGAAUUCUGGAAAGAAGAAGAGUGAAAAACAACUAAUGGGAAAUUCUAGUUGGGUGGAUCAUUGGAGCAAUUCAGAUAGAAUGCCAACUGUGAGUACACCUUCCAUAGAACAGAGUCCCCAUGUAACAGGUCCAUCUACAUCGCAGAAUGUUGAGCCUCCUUCUGAAGCAGGGAAAUCGAUGGACGCUACGUAUCUAGCAAUCUUACCAGGGUUUAUUGUUUGGCAAAUAUGGAAAAACUAUUGGGAGAUAAUCUGUAAAGAGGUAGCACCGACUAAAGAGGGGACUCUUAACCAGAUCUGUAAAAUCAAGGAAGCAUGGUGUUAUGCGAAAUUGCGAAUGACCAUCUUGUUGGGUGUGUGAAAUUGAAGGCGAUCUGAAUCUAAAAAUAGGAGGAAUCACAACUUGAAUUUACUUUGCUCUCUCAAAUAUUAUUCAUGAGGGACAUCUUCUACCUCUUCGUGACCAAUACUAGUAUCUUGAAGGCUUGUGGUUGAAAACUAUGUCUCUUUUUCAAUCGGGAGCAAGGCAUGUGAUAUUUCAAAUCGUGGCAUGAGAUGGAUUCAGAAGGUCAAGAAUGAGAGAUUUAAAGCAAAUGAGAAUUACAUACUUCAUUUUUUGUAAUUAGUUAUGUUGCACAGUUAAAUAUCUUGUAUUAAAAUGAUAGUGUAUUUAAACUUUCUUUUUGGUCACAGACAAAUAUAGUUUGUUGUAAGUGUAUUUGUAAAGAUAAGUUUUAACCAAUUGUUUGUAUACAGAUAACUUUUAUACAAGCUUGUUUUGUCUGUGUGUAGACAAUUUCUAUAAAGUUUUUGUUUCUAC